AUGACACCGUGUGCGCCACCAUCGGCGUCCUUCCGGUCCCCUAGUAUCCCACCCGCGACCGACUCGGAUGACCGGGGGUUCGGGGACUCGGGCGAGGUGCCGAGGUUGGUUCGGUCCUUCGGAGGUGUAUUCCGAGCCGGCAAAGACAAAGACCAGGCGCGUUUGUCUGAUGUACUGCUUCCGGAAAUGGUCCACAUAGUUGUGCGAGGCCCUGCUCGUUCCAUCCCACUAUUCCAAGGUAAGAAGUUUCCAACUGAAACCCUUCUCGGUAGGACAUCGCGCAUACAAGCCAAAAACCACAUGGAGCCGCCAGUGGGAACCAUAUCUCAGACGACCUCGUCCCAGCCCUCGAGAAAGGAUUCCAUGAGGUUUGAUGACCGCAUGAAGUCUUUCGAAAUCGUUCUUAAAAGUCUGGACGGAUGUCGGAAGGAUGAGAGUCUAAUCGGUUCUCGUCUCCUAAAUCCAUCUUCUGGCCACUUGGCUCUUAUCUUAGAAAUUUUGUGGGAUAUUCAACGGAAAGAUUCACUCGUUGGGCUCAUUGCUCGUGGAUUCGAUCGCCACCAAAUCGCAAGGGAGCCCCCAACUUCAGAAGCUCAGUUGCCACCUGACCUGCUCAACUUAAAGAAUGAUACCAAGCUAGCGCGUCGUAUUCAUCUUGCAACCCUAUCCGUCCUGUGGAUGCGAGUGCAUUGUCUUCACGCAAUACUAACCGACCUCGCAAAGGAUGAAGAUCAUCAAGCGUUUCACUGCUACCCCAGUCAACGAGUUUUGAACCGCUACUUCAGUCUUUCGCCAUCUGGUUAUCAUCGCACAACUCUAUGUCCAUAUCUAUCGCGCCUGCUGGCCACUCCAUCUAGCGCGGCUGCUUUCGUUGAGGCUGCCGAGGGCUUCGUUAAGAUUUGGAAGGCUUUACCCAUGUAUUUGAUGAAACGGCCUCGAGGAAAAUCAGCCACUACACUCGGGAGCUUUCCGGACAUGUCGGCUCAACUCGACAACUUGGCCAAAGCCUUGGAUAUCUCAGAAACUUACUCAGACCCUCUCGAUUUAAUCAAGUCCUCAACUCAUAUCUUGAUUCGACAGACCCUUGAUUGGACUCUGGAUGCCUACCGCAAUGCAGCAACGGUUACCAAAAGGGCAUCGCUUUUCAAAUCUCGUCCGUCUAUCCCCCCGAUUGAAUCUGAACCACAAGUGGCUUCCACAACUCAAUCUGAACCACAAGUGGCUCCCACAACUCAAUCUGAACCACAAGUGGCUCCCACAACUCAAUCUGAGCUACAAGUGGCUCUCCCUACUGAGUCUACAUCGCGAAUAAUGAGGCCUUCUCAGAAUCCCAAAAAACAUCCACGUGAAGCAGCGUCCUCUCACCCGUCAACAACGACUACCGAGUCAUCCCUACAUACCGUACCCCGCUCUUCAGCCCCCAGUAUCCUAGCCGAGUCCCCAAGCACCAAUCACGUGUCUCGUUCGCCUCCUCAACGCAUCAAUCAAAUUUCACCAACAAAUUGUAAUUUGAGUCUUUCUAAAGAAGCUCGCCCCCAUACACCUAAACAGACAAACAACCCCGACAACCAGUCUCAAGCCAUUGAAAAGACAGGUACAUCGAGUGGUGACCCAUUACCACCAAAUGUAACCGGCCUCGAUCAUUCUCAACAGGAAAUGCCUGCUGACCGUCGGCCCGCUUCUCCAACCCUGGAAAUCAUAGAUAGGAAUGAUCAAUCAAUUCUCUCUGCAACUGCCUCGCGUGAUUCUCCCAGAGCAAAAGACACUGCGGGCCAGUAUCCGGUGCCUUGUUCUCAAACUCCCAAAAACCUCGUUGCAACAACUCCUUCCGCAACCGAUUUACAUCUUGACCAGCACGAUUCUGACCAUUGUCAAAUCGUUUCUGACCCAGUCCCGAACAAAUCGGCGGCCAGCCAUGGCCGAUUGACUUCUCCUAUUAGCGAAAACCAUCCUACCCCAUCACCAAAGAGCCCCGACGGUCGCCCGCUAUCUUCUUCCCCAAAAUCUCGCACUGCUACGAGCCAGCCAGCCCCUUCGAUCCCAUUGCGCCGCGAGCUGUCUACGGAAACGCACCAGAGCUCGCUGCAGAGGACGAACGAUGUUGGCGAUGAGGGUCUGACGCCUCUCUCGCAGACUCUGGAUGGCCCAGUAGCCCCAAGCGACUCCGAACCAAUCCUCUCAGUACCCAGAACGAAAGCGCGGACCGCUCUCCAAGAUAGUUCUGUUGAAUCAUCUUCACUAAGUGCCAGCUGUUUUGUUCUCCCUCCAGGUAACAAGGAUGCGUCGCAAAAGACCAACGAUCCUUGCAAUCAAGGGCUGACACCUCUCUCUCAAACUCUCGUUGGCUCGGCAGCGCCAAGCGACACUCAACCAGUUCCUCCAGUACCUGGAACAGAACAACAGAACACUUUUGAUGAUUCUGUUGAAGUACCACAUUCGACUGAGAAACACCUGAUACAACCAUUAUCUGAAACACCUCGAGAUUGUGCUUCUAAGGAACCAACUAUUCAGCCGAAGGCAGGACCACGUCAAGUCCCUUCUCAUGACCCCAUUCAAGGUCCAGCUGAUGUUACUCAGGUGUCCAAGUUCUCCAGCCAUUCGGUGUUGCGUCCGGAUCUUCGAACCCCUUUCUCUUCACAGCAUGUGAGGCAUUCUCUAGGGCUUCUCCAUGAGAGAAGCGCGGCAAAUUCAAAGGCCACGGUUGAUAAGCCCAGCAAGAAGAGGCAGCGACGAUCCACCGAUUGUGGAAACCAGGCGAGAAGAAAGCGAUUGCAGAUUAACCCAUUCGUGAUGCUCGAAAAUCAGACGUACGCAAAUGAUAUCUUGAAAGAAUUCCGGGACGAUCCACGAUUGUCGAAGGCAUAUGAACAAGCGAGACAGAUCGCAAUUCAGAUCAACUCGGAGGCUAUUGACGAUUCCCAAUCUGAUUCAAAGUGUGAUGACAGUGGCUCUGAAUCGGCAGGGAGCGGUAGUGUAAUGGAUGAUGAGAACGCUCAACUGGAUCCUGCAAUUGUCGAAAAAUUGAAAGCCAAUGCAGCUCAAUUUGUCAAACCUGAGAAGAGCUAUUUUUCCAUGUUGCUAGAGAAGGCCAACUCUGACUUGAAGAAGUAG